AUGGCAAAACCAGCAGGGACAGGAUACCUACAUAGCGUCAAUUUGGAGCAGUUGGACUCUAAGUUAAAAUUCUAUGAUAGGAUCGGGGGGAAGGUCGUCCAAUGUACUUAUGAAAGUGAAAACGAGAUAGUGAAAGGGCAGUUAGGAGCUUGUUCUAGAAUUGCAGGUGAAGCUGAUAAAAUUUCGAAGGGCCUGUGUUAUAUAUCUUCAAGGAAAGCGGAUGCCAACCUGGCGCAGGAUUAUCAGUACAGAGCUUACGGAACGGACCAAGCGGACGAAGACUCAGAUGAUGUGUCGGCCGAAUUGGAGGAACGGCUGAAUAAGGCACUCUGCUAUUUCUUUUAUUUUUGGCUUGGGAAUGAAGUGUGGAAUAAAAUAGGAAGUGCAGAUGGUACUAAAUUUUUAAGUACUAUGGAAUGUAUAUAUAAAGCACUGCAAUUAUUCCAUAUUCCGAAUAAUUGCACAAUUAUGGACACUGACCAUACUGCCAUCUCCAAGGACCUCUUUGUUAAUCGAAAAACAGUGUUUGACUUUUCUUUUGACUAUAAAGGGAUAAAGGAUAAACUAGGCAAGUUUAGCAACUCCUGUGAUCAGGGUUACUAUGAUCACCUGGACAAAGCUGUUAAAGCUUAUGCUGCUGUAAAGGCAGAUUGUGAAAGUAAGCCUGCUACUGAUCCAUUCUGCACAGAAUUUAAGAAAGUGUAUGAAGAUUGCAGUAAGAAGGGGGAGUUGAAAUUUACGUAUGAAACAGAAUGUAUAAAAGCUUCCACACAAGGUCCAGAAGGCAUUAGUUGCACCUUAAAGGGAACAUCUGAACAGGGUAUUGAAAUAUAUAAGAACGUCAAUUUUGGAUGUAGCCCUAAUUUUGUAUGGAGUCCAGGAAUUUUCGUCGCUGCGUCCUCUUCUGGGAACACAGCAGUAGCCGCCAUCUCCUCCAUAUUUGGAGUAGCAGCACUACCAACACUUGCUUUCCUUUCAUAUAAGAAACAUCAACAUUUGCCCAUACCGAAUAUUCCACAGAAAUGA